AUGUGGCACAAACAGGCUUCUGUUUUUCCAACUUGGUACAGACUUGAUUAUUGCUCUGCAGGGCAGUACAGGCUCCACGUUUCUCUUCAAGCUCAGUCCCCAUACGCUCUUCUUCCCUCAUCUCGGUGUCCCUCUGCUGUCCCUGGGUCUGGACCCCCGCCCUCUGCUGUCCCUGGGUCUGGACCCCCGCCCUCUGCUGUCCCUAGGUCUGGACCCCCGCCCUCUGCUGUCCCUGGGUCUGGACCCCCUCCCUCUGCUGUCCCUGGGUCUGGACCCCCGCCCUCUGCUGUCCCUAGGUCUGGACCCCCGCCCUCUGCUGUCCCUGGGUCUGGACCCCCGCCCCUCGCUGUCCCUGGGUCUGGACCCCCGCCCUCUGCUGUCCCUGGGUCUGGACCCCCGCCCUCUGCUGUCCCUGGGUCUGGACCCCCGCCCUCUGCUGUCCCUGGGUCUGGACCCCCGCCCUCUGCUGUCCCUGGGUCUGGACCCCCGCCCUCUGCUCUGUCCCCUGGGUCUGGACCCCCCGCCCUCUGCUGUCCCUGGGUCUGGACCCCCGCCCUCUGCUGUCCCUGGGUCUGGACCCCCGCCCUCUGCUGUCCCCUGGGUCUGGACCCCCGCCCUCUGCUGUCCCUGGGUCGGACCCCCGCCCUCUGCUGUCCCUGGGUCUGGACCCCCGCCCCUCUGCUGUCCCUGGGUCUGGACCCCCGCCCUCUGCUGUCCCUGGGUCUGGACCCCCGCCCUCUGCUGUCCCUGGGUCUGACCCCCGCCCUCUGCUGUCCCUGGGUCUGGACCCCCGCCCUCUGCUGUCCCUGGGUCUGGACCCCCGCCCUCUGCUGUCCCUGGGUCUGGACCCCCGCCCCUCUGCUGUCCCUGGGUCUGGACCCCCGCCCUCUGCUGUCCCUGGGUCUGGACCCCCGCCCUCUGCUGUCCCUGGGUCUGGACCCCCGCCCUCUGCUGUCCCUGGAUCUCGUCCCCACCCAUCUCGCUGUCCCUGGAUCUCGUCCCCAACCAUCCGCUGUCCCUGGAUCUGUCCCCCACCAUCCGCUGUCCCUGGAUCUCGUCCCCAACCAUCCGCUGUCCCUGGAUCUCGUCCCCAACCAUCCGCUGUCCCUGGAUCUCGUCCCCAACCAUCCGCUGUCCCUGGAUCUCGUCCCCAACCAUCCGCUGUUCCCUGGAUCUCGUCCCCAACCAUCCGCUGUCCCUGGAUCUCGUCCCCAACCAUCCGCUCCCUGGACUCGUCCCCAACCAUCCGCUGUCCCUGGAUCUCGUCCCCAACCAUCCGCUGUCCCUGGAUCUCGUCCCCAACCAUCCGCUGUCCCUGGAUCUCGACCCCAACCAUCUGUUCUCUCUCGAUCUCAACGUGCAUCAGCUCGUGCCAAGAAAGGUCGUCGUGCCUUUACUAGAGCAUCUAGAUCAGGGAGUGAUGUGGCCCUUGGUGCUCAGACCCAGAAAGCUUGUGCUUCAGAGGAUUCAUCAGGAACUUUUACCAAUGAAACCGAAACGAGGGUUCCACUUUUGCCCACAGAGCACAGUCUUCAACCAGUGGAGCAUAACCCAUGUAUAACACUGUUGGCAACAUCAAGAGCUUCUCAGGAGGCUCCAGUAGAAGUAUCCAAAGAUCGAUGCAUUCACGAUGGCUCCCUGGUGCACCGUCACUGUCAGUACUGCCAGCUGUGGGUGUGUAACGAAUGCCAAAGAACUCAAAAUAUUUAUUCUCGGUGUGUUACUCCGAUGAGGUUAUACCGUAUUCAGGUCCACGUGGAAAAUGCGAGGUAUGCAUCCCUGGCUCGACGACAGCCUACUAACUCAGCCUCGCAGGCAAACGCCCAACCCUCAAAUGUCACUGGAGUCUCGACUCCAACCGAUACCCCAGCCUCGUCUUCAAGUGACAAUCUCGCCUCUACUAGAGGAACAAAUAUGUUCAUAUACAUUCCAUGCAAGAAAGUGUGUCGUUUUGUUAAAAGGUAGAAGACAAAGCAGGAGCGAAGAUAUUUGCUUUUCUGAAGUGUUCAAUUAAGAGUUAGUCAACAUGUCACCAUGUACCGGAGUCGAACUACACAUCAUCCCCCAAGAGCUGACAAACAAGAGUGAAACAAAGGAGUUUUGUCAAGCCGUUAAACAAUACAGGGAGAUAGAGCAGGUGAGCUUGCAAAAAUUUGGAAAACGAUACCACCUGCCCUGAACCUUCAACCACUGAUGACAUGUUGACUCCCCGGCAAUAAACACUGUAUUUUAGACGAAGGAAGAUGGACGCUUUCUGAAAGAUGCGAAGCCGAGCACAUAGCAAGCUGCUCAGUAAUGGAAUGUCGUAUUACACAACUUUACUGAUGGUAAAAAAGAAAAAAAAAUUAUGGAAGAUUCAUUUAUAAUUAUACAUAUAUUUUUGGUUCGAUGAAGAGUAAUUAUUAUAGGAUUAACUGAGCAAUGAGAGUACUCGCACACCAAAGAGUGAAUGAAAGUUACUCAUCAAAUGUUUUUAAAUUUAAAUCUAAAUUUUUAUUUUGUGAAGUGUGAAAUUAUCCAGCAUGCCCUACUCUCGUCAAAUUUUAAUUUUUAAAUUUUUAGCCUGUGAGCUUACUUUAAGAUGUAUAAAUUUAAUUUUUAUUUCUAAUCAGUGUUUACUGCUAACACUGAACUCUACUCAUUUUAAUACUUUUAUGAAUGAUCAAAAAUAAAGUAUGGAGAAAGGAGUGUCUGUCAAAACUUCGUGUCCACUGUGUUACAUUUUUAAUUUUAGCUUAUUGGAAUGUUGUCAAGGUAGGUUUGGUCCAGCAGCAUAAUCCUGACGACAUAAGACCUUGAACACCUUUGAUUCUGACAGAGGAGAUAGACAAUAAGAAAGGUAUUUUAGGUCUGCAAAGAUAGAGAAAUUAUAGUAAUGGACGUUUUUUUUUUUUAUUAUACUUAGAUAACGUUUUUAUCUGACUGCAGUGUACAAAAUCAUAUUUGGGUUUAAUGUUUUUUUUUAGUGUAAUUUUGGAUAAAAACUAAUUUUUAUUAGUAUAGACUUGUGAAAUAUUGCAUUAUGAAUGUAGGUAGUCAGAAUGGCGAGUAACCAACAACCAGGAAUAUAAAACAUAGCAAAGAAGCAUUCUUAUUGAAAGAUUAUGCUAAAUAUUAUGGAUUAUAAUCAUCUACUAAAAUGCUGUCUGAUGUGACACUUUAUCCAUUUUUAAUAAUGUUUUUAAUUGUAUAAACUAACAAGCUCCUUCGUACAUAGGAAUUGGUAAAAAUUCUAUUAAAUGUUGACUGUAGGUUUAAAAGCUUAUGAAGACUCGCAUCAGGUUCGACAUUUGUCGUGAGUUCAAUAAAAGUAUCAAGUCUUUUA